AUGGGGAUGAAGCAUACUUUCAGACCGCUCCACUACGACGCCAUCUUGGAUCUGAAUGGGAGUUACACCAUGCCCUCUGAAGACAAGAGGUUCAUCCUCAUCCUGCUGCCCAACACCAACGAGGACUCUGUCUAUGGUGAGGACACCAUGGACUCCAUCUUAUAGGCGCAGUGUUGGGCUCUGUGCUGAAAACCCGUAAAACUCACAAUAUAAAGCAACACAAUUGAUGUCGUUUUUUUCAGACCUCCAGGUGGCUAUCGAACUAUUACUGAACGCUGCUCCAGGACUGAAGAAUGAUACCACGUCACAGUUCAUUGCCUUCAGAAGGUAAGACAUGUAUAGGACAGUAGGAUGGUCAGAUAUGUAAAGGGUUUCUCUACACCAUUGAUGCGAUAGGAGAGUAGAGUGAUCAGAUGUGUACACUACCGGUCAAAUGUUUUAGAACACCUACUCAUUCCAGGGUUUUUCUUUAUUUUUUUUACUAUUUUCUACAUUGUAGAAUAAUAGUGAAGACAUCAAAACUAUGAAAUAACACAUAUGGAAUCAUGUAGUAACCAAAAAAGUGUUAAACAAAUCAAAACAUAUUUUGUAUUUGAGAUUCUUCAAAUAGCCACCCUUUUGACUUGAUGACAGCUUUGCACACGGUUGGCAUUCUCUCAACCAGCUUCAUGAGGUAUACAGAAGAUAGCCCUAUUUGGUAAAAUACCAAGUCCAUAUUAUGGCAAGAACAGCUCAAAUAAGCAAAGAGAAACGACAGUCCAUCAUUAUUUUAAGGCAUGAAGGUCAGUCAAUACGGAACAUUUCAAGUCGCAAAAACCAUCAAGCGCUAUGAUGAAACUGGCUCUCAUGAGGACCACCACAGGAAUGGAAGACCCAGAGUUACCUCUGCUGCAGAGGAUACGUUCAUUAGAGUUACCAGCUUCAGAAAUUGCAGCCCAAAUAAAUACUUCACAGAGUUCAAGUCACAGACACAUCUCAACAUCAACUGUUCAGAGGAGACUGUGUGAAUCAGGCCUUCUUGGUCGAAUCGCUGCAAAGAAACCACUACUAAAGGACACCAAUAAGAAGAAGAGACUUGCUUCGGCCAAGAAACACGAGCAAUGGACAUUAGACCGGUGGAAAAUUGUCCUUUGGUCUGGAGUCCAAAUUUGAGAUUUUUGGUUCCAACCACCAUGUCUUUGUGAGACGCGUGUGGGUGAACGGAUGAGCUCUACAUGUGUAUUUCCCACUGUGAAGCAUGGAGGAGGAGGUGUUAUGGUGUGGGGGUGCUUUGCUGGUGACACUGUCUGUGAUUUAUUUAGAAUUCAAGGCACACUUAACCAGCAUGGCUACCACAGCAUUCUGCAGCAAUACGCCAUCCCAUCUGGUUUGGGCUUAGUGGGACUAUCAUUUGUUUUUCAACAGGACAAUUACCCAACACACCUCCAGGCUGUGUAUGGGCUAUUUUACCAAGAAGGAGAGUGAUGGAGUGCUGCAUCAGAUGACCUGGCCUCCACAAUCCCCCGACCUCAACCAAAUUGAGAUGAUUUGGGAUGAGUUGGACUGCAGAGUAAAGGAAAAGCAGCCAACAAGUGCUCAGCAUAUGUGGGAACUCCUUCAAGACUGUUAGCAAAGCAUUCCAGGUGAAGCUGGUUGAGAGAAUGCCAAGAGUGUGCAAAGCUGUCAUCAAGGCAAAGGGUGGCUAUUUGAAGAAUAGUUUGUUUAACACUUUUCUGGUUACUACAUGAUUCCAUAUGUGUUAUUUCAUAGUUUUGAUGUCUUCACGAUUAUUCUACAAUGUAGAAAAUAGUAAAAAGAAAGAAAAACCCUUUAAUGAGUAGGUGUUCUAAAACUUUUGACCAGUAGUGUAGAGGGUUUCUCUGCACCAUUGAUGCUAUAGGAGAGUAGGGUGGUCAGAUAUGUAGAGGGUUUCUCUGCACCAUUGAUGCUAUAGGAGAGUAGGGUGGUCAGAUAUGUAGAGGGUUUCUCUGCACCAUUGAUGCUAUAGGAGAGUAGGGUGGUCAGAUAUGUAGAGGGUUUCUCUGCACCAUUGAUGCUAUAGGAGAGUAGGGUGGUCAGAUAUGUAGAGGGUUUCUCUGCACCAUUGAUGCUAUAGGAGAGUAGGGUGGUCAGAUAUGUAGAGGGCUUCUCUACACCAUUGUUUGACCUGUAUCUUAACUGUGCCUCCAUUUCUUUUGCAGGAGGGAGUGUGCCUUGAUCAAUGAGCUUUGCUGCAAGCAUUACUGUAACCACCGCACCAAGUAAGUCACUACUGCUAUUAGAAGAGAUGUUAGAAGAUAUGUUGUUUCUACUACUAUUGGAAGAGAUGUUGUUUCUACUGCUAUUGGAAGAGAUGUUGUUUCUACUGCUAUUGGAAGAGAUGUUGUUUCUACUGCUAUUGGAAGAGAUGUUGUUUCUACUACUAUUGGAAGAGAUGUUGUUUCUACUGCUAUUGGAAGAGAUGUUGUUUCUACUGCUAUUGGAAGAGAUGUUGUUUCUACUGCUAUUGGAAGAGAUGUUGUUUCUACUGCUAUUGGAAGAGAUGUUGUUAGAAGAGAUGUUGUUUCUACUGCUAUUAGAAGAGAUGUUGUUAGAAGAGAUGUUGUUUCUACUGCUAUUGGAAGAUAUGUUGUUUCUACUGCUAUUGGAAGAGAUGUUGUUUCUACUGCUAUUGGAAGAGAUGUUGUUUCUACUGCUAUUGGAAGAGAUGUUGUUUCUACUGCUAUUGGAAGAGAUGUUGUUUCUACUGCUAUUGGAAGAGAUGUUGUUUCUACUGCUAUUGGAAGAGAUGUUGUUUCUACUGCUAUUGGAAGAUAUGUUAGAAGAUAUGUUGUUUCUACUGCUAUUGGAAGAGAUGUUGUUUCUACUGCUAUUAGAAGAGAUGUUGUUUCUACUGCUAUUGGAAGAGAUGUUGUUUCUACUGCUAUUGGAAGAGAUGUUGUUUCUACUGCUAUUGGAAGAUAUGUUAGAAGAUAUGUUGUUUCUACUGCUAUUGGAAGAGAUGUUGUUUCUACUGCUAUUAGAAGAGAUGUUGUUUCUACUGCUAUUAGAAGAGAUGUUGUUUCUACUACUAUUGGAAGAGAUGUUGUUUUUACUGCUAUUGGAAGAUAUGUUGUUUUUACUGUUAUUGGAAGAGAUGUUGUUUCUACUGCUAUUGGAAGAGAUGUUGUUAGAAGAUAUGUUUUUUCUACUGCUAUUAGAAGAGAUGUUGUUUCUACUGCUAUUGGAAGAGAUGUUGUUUCUACUGCUAUUGGAAGAGAUGCUGUUUCUACUGCUAUUAGAAGAGAUGUUGUUAGAAGAGAUGUUGUUUCUACUGCUAUUAGAAGAGAUGUUGUUAGAAGAGAUGUUGUUUCUACUGCUAUUGGAAGAGAUGCUGUUUCUACUGCUAUUAGAAGAGAUGUUGUUAGAAGAGAUGUUGUUUCUACUGCUAUUGGAAGAGAUGUUGUUAGAAGAGAUGUUGUUUCUACUGCUAUUGGAAGAGAUGUUGUUUCUACUGCUAUUGGAAGAGAUGUUGUUAGAAGAGAUGUUGUUUCUACUGCUAUUGGAAGAGAUGUUGUUUCUACUGCUAUUGGAAGAGAUGUUGUUUCUACUGCUAUUGGAAGAGAUGUUGUUUCUACUGCUAUUGGAAGAGAUGUUGUUUCUACUGCUAUUGGAAGAGAUGUUGUUUCUACUGCUAUUGGAAGAGAUGUUGUUUCUACUGCUAUUGGAAGAGAUGUUGUUUCUACUGCUAUUGGAAGAGAUGUUGUUUCUACUGCUAUUGGAAGAGAUGCUGUUUCUACUGCUAUUAGAAGAGAUGUUGUUAGAAGAGAUGUUGUUUCUACUGCUAUUGGAAGAUAUGUUAUUAGAAGAGAUGUUGUUUCUACUGCUAUUAGAAGAGAUGUUGUUAGAAGAUAUGUUGUUUCUACUGCUAUUAGAAUAGAUGUUGUUAGAAGAGAUGUUGUUAGAAGAGAUGUUGUUUCUACUGCUAUGUAAUUAGUGGACCACCGGAUAGAGCUGUUGUACCAGUUAUAAAAAGGAAGAAUCUGCGAUGUGAUGAAGCAGAGGGGAGUUUACUCCACUCCUAGACCCUGUUUGUUUCUAUUAGUCCAGCAGGUCUCCUUAGCUGUAUACAUACAGUGCAUUCGGAAAGUAUUCAGACCCCUUGACUUUUUCCACAUUUUGUUACAUUACAGCCUUAUUCUAAAAUGGAUUAAAUAGUUUUUUUUCUUCAUCAAUCCCCAUAAUGACAAAGCAAAAACCAGGUUUUUAGAAUUUUUCCCACAUUUAUUAAAUAUAAAAAACGGAAACGUUUACAUAAGUAUUCAGACCCUUUACUCAGUACUUUGUUGAAGCAUCUUUGGCAGCGAUUACAGCCUCGAGUCUUCUUGGGUAUGACGCGACAAGCUUGGCACACCUGUAUUUGGGGAGUUUCUCCCAUUCUUCUCUGCAGAUCCUCUCAAGCUCUGUCAGGUUGGAUGGGGAGCGUCGCUGCACAGCUAUUUUCAGGUCUCUCCAGAGAUGUUCGAUUGGGUUCAAGUCCGGGCUCUGGCUGGGCCACUCAAGGACAUUCAGAGACUUGUCCCGAAGCCACUCCUGCGUUGUCUUGGCUGUGUGCUUAGGGUCGUUGUCCUGUUGGAAGGUGAACCUUCGCCCCAGUCUGAGGUCCGCUCUAGAAUAGGUUUUCAUCAAGGAUCUCUUUGAACUUUGCUCCGUUCAUCUUUCACUCGAUCCUGACUAGUCUCCCAGUCCCUGCCGGUGAAAAACAUUCCCACAGCAUGAUGCUGCCACCACCAUGCUUCACGGUAGGGUUGGUGCCAGGUUUCUUCCAGACGUAACGCUUGGCAUUCAGGCCAAAGAGUUCAAUCUUGGUUUCAUCAGACCAGAGAAUGUUGUUUCUCAUGGUCUGAGAGUCCUUUAGGUGCCUUUUGGCAAACUCCAAGCGAGCUGUCAUGUGCAUUUUACUGAGGAGUGGCUUCCGUUUGGCCACUCUACCAUAAAGGCCUGAUUGGUGGAGUGCUGCAGAGAUGAUUGUCCUUCUGGAAGUUUCUCCCAUCUCCACAGAGGAACUUUGGAGCUCUGUCAGAGUGAACAUCGGGUUCUUGGUCACCUCCCUGACCAAGGCCCUUCUCCCCCGAUUGCUCAGUUUGGCCGGGCGGCCAGCUCUAGGAAGAGUCUUGGUGGUUCCAAACUUCUUCCAUUUAAGAAUGAUUGAGGCCAUUGUGUUCUUGGGGACCUUCAAUGCUGCAGACAUUUUUUGGUACCCUUCCCCAGAUCUGUGCCUCGACACAAUCCUGCCUCGGAGCUCUACGGACAAUUCCUUCGACCUCAUGGCUUGGUUUCUGCUCUGACAUGCACUGUCAACAGUGGGACCUUUAUAUAGACAGGUGUGUGCCUUUCCAAAUCAUAUCCAAUCAAUUGAAUUUACCACAGGUGGACUUCAAUCAAGUUAUAGAAACAUCUCAAGGAUGAUCAAUGGAAACGGGAUGCACCUGAGCUCAAUUUUGAGUCUCAUAGCAAAGGGUCUGAAUACUUAUGUAAAUAAGGUUUCUACAAACCUGUUUUCACUUAUUAUGGGGUAUCGUGUGUAGAUUGAUGAAGAAUUGUUUUUAUUUAAUAACAUUGCAGUUUAGGCACAAUAUAGAUUUUGGCCACUAGAUGGCAGCAGGGUGUGUGCAAAGUUUCAGAUUGAUCCAGUGAAGCAUUGCAAUACUGGACUAUUUUGUAUAAAGUCUGCCCAAAUGUGCCGAAUUGGUCAGUUGAUACAUUUUCAUGUACAUAACUAUAGAGAACAUACAAAAAUGAUAUGGUAAUACAAAAUGUACGUUUUCACACUCCCAGGAAUGUCAUCCAUGAUGGAUCAUUAGCUUAUACACUAACUUUCACACAUCUAGAUGGCCGGGCGGGGUGGGUUUGGAGCUAGAGACAGCAGGGGUAGAACCCAGUUCCUACAUUUGAAUAUGAAAAUGGAUUGUUUCAAACAAAACUAUGCUACAUUUUAUCACAAAUCAGAGCAAGAUUACUGAAUGUACACUACCGGUCAAAAGUUUUAGAACACCUCAUUUACUCAUUCAAGGGUUUUAAUUUUUACAAUUUUCUACAUUGUAGCUACAUCAAAACUAUGAAAUAACACAUGGAAUCAUGUAAGUGUUAAACAAAUCAAAAUAUAUUUUAUAUUUGAGAUUCUUCAAAUAGCCACCCUUUGCCUUGAUGACAGCUUUGCACACUGUUGGCAUUCUCUCAAACAGCUUCAUGAGGUAGUCACCUGGAAUGCAUUUCAAUUAACAGGUGUGCCUUCUUAAAAGUUAAUUUGUGGAAUUUCUUUACUUCUUAAUGUGUUUGAGCCAAUCAGUUGUGUUGUGACAAGGUAGGGGGGGUAUACAGAAGAUAGCCCUAUUUGGUAAAAGACCAAGUCCAUAUUAUGGCAAGAAGCAAAGAGAAACGACAGUCCAUCAUUACUUUAAGACAUGAAGGUCAGUCAAUACGGAACAUUUCAAGGACUUUGAAAGUUUCUUCAAGUGCAGUCACAAAAAACAUCAAGCGCUAUGAUGAAACUGGCUCUCAUGAGGACUGCCACAGGAAUGGAAGACCCAGAGUUACCUCUGCUGCAGAGGAUAAGUUCAUUAGAGUUACCAGCCUCAGAAUUUGCAGUGGAAAUAAAUGCUUCACAGAGUUCAAGUAACAGACACAUCUCAACAUCAACUGUUCAGAGGGGACAGCGUGAAUCAGGCCUUCAUGGUCGAAUUGCUGCAAAGAAACCACUACUAAAGGACACCAAUAAGAAGAAGAGACUUGCUUGGGCCAAGAAACACGAGCAAUGGCCAUUAGACCGGUGGAAAUCUGUCCUUUGGUCUGAUGAGUCCAAAUUUGAGAGUUUUGGUUCCAACCGCCAUUUCUUUGUGAGACGCAGAGUAGGUGAUCGGAUGAUCUCCGCAUAUGUGGUUCCCACUGUGAAGCAUGGAGGAGGAGAUGUGAUGGUGUGGGGGUGCUUUGCUGGUGACACUGUCUGUGAUUUAUUUAGAAUUCAAGGCACACUUAACCAGCAUGGUUACCACCGCAUUCUGCAGCGAUACGCCAUCCCAUCUGGUUUGGGCUUAGUGGGACUAUAUAAUUUGUUUUUCAACAGGACAAUGACCCAACACACAUCCAGGCUGUGUAAGGGCUAUUUUACCAAUGAGAGUGAUGGAGUGCUGCAUCAGAUGACCUGGCCUCCACAAUCCCCCGACCUCAACCAUAUUGAGAUGGUUUGGGAUAAGUCGGACCGCAGAGUGAAGGAAAAGUAGCCAACAAGUGCUCAGCAUAUGUGGGAACUCCUUCAAGACUGUUGGAAAAGCAUUCCAGGUGAAGCUGGUUGAGGGAAUGCCAAGAGUGUGCACAGCUGUCAUCAAGGCAAAGGGUGGCUAUUUGAAGAAUCUCAAAUAUAAAAUAUAUUUUGAUUUGUUUAACACUUACUACAUGAUUCCAUAUGUGUUAUUUCAUCAUUUUGAUGUCAUCACUAUUAUUCUACAAUGUAGAAAAUACUCAAAAUAGAGAAAAACACUUGCAUGAGUAGGUGUUCUAAAACUUUUGACCGGUAGUGUAAGUAAAUUAUUUACCUUCAGAGGUGAAUGUAUCAAACCAGUUGCCGUGAUUCGUUUUUUGUUGUUGUGCACUCUGCUCAAACAAUAGCGUGGUAUGUUGUCACUGUAAUAGCUACUGUAUAUUGGACAGUGCAGUUAAGAUUAACAAGAAUAUAAGCUUUCUGCCCAUAUAAGACAUGUCUAUGUCCUGGAAAGUUUGCUGUUACUUACAACAGUCAUACUAAUCACAUUAGCGCACGUUAGCUCAACCGUCCCGUAUACGGGACACACCGAUCCCGUAGAGGUUAAUCCGUUUUAGAAUAAGGCUGUAACGUAACAAAAUGUGGAAAAAGUCAAGGGGUCUGAAUACUUUCCGAAUGCACUGUGUAUAUAUAGAUAGAUGGAUCAUUUUGGGUUUGAUAUGUUGAUCUUUUACCUCAGAAACAGCAAGAACCGACUUGAUUUCCAGCCGGGAGAUAAAGUCUGCUGUACAAAGAACGGCUACGUCGCAGACAGGAACAAGGAGGGGUCUCCUGAAGAAGAGGUCCUGGAGAACAUACCUGACAGGGCCAGGACUGGGAAGAGACUUCCUGGACUGGACAGAGAGGAGAGGGGGAAAAGCAAAAAGAAGGAGAAAGAACGCCUGUGCAACGGAGAGAUAUUCUUCAUUAAACAUGUGAGAAAAUGAGAGGACCCUUCACUUAAGCAAUAGUUUACAUGUUUUUAGGCUAUUCCGGAGCUGUCAAUGACUACAAUGGCUCUGGCUCCGGCUCAAUUCUAAUUGGUUGAGCCCUGCUCUUUUGGUUGUGUCUCCUCCUGUGACAGGACGUGACAGAGGAGGAGGCGGGCUCACAGCGGAGCAGGAAGCAGAGGUACCUGACUCUGGAUGAUCGUGACGGACGGAUGCUGUGUGUGUCCUUUAGGGAUCUGCAGAGAGAGUGUAGACUGCAACACGCCUGGGCUAGGACCAUACACACCUUCCAGGUACCCACACACACACACACACACACACACACACACACACACACACACACACACACACACACACACACCACAGACUAGGCUGCAACACACUUGGGCUAGGACCGUACACACCUUCCAGGUACACACAUUGUCUCUCUCCCUCACUCUCCCUCCUCUUUCUCUCUCUCCUUUCUUUCUCUCUCUCUCUCCUUUCUUUCUCUCUCUCUCUCCUUUCUUUCUCUCACUCUCCCUCCUCUUUCUCUCUCUCUCUCCUUUCUUUCUCUCUCUCUCUCCUUUCUUUCUCUCACUCUCCCUCCUCUUUCUCUCCCUCUCUCUCUCUCCUUUUUCUCUCUCCCUCUCUCUCCCUCCUCUUUCUCUCUCUCUCUCUUUCUGUCUCUACUCAGUUUAUGAAUGGCGUAUGAUUAAACUAAGCAGUUCAGUAGAUUCUAACUAGUUAGACAUUUUCUCUGAUGGAAUUAUUCAGUUGUACUGUACCUUCCCUCUGUGUGUCAGGGCUCGGAGACGGAGACGGUUGUGUACGUGCUGGGUAACGGCAGCGUCCAGACGUGGAAACACGUGUACACGGCCGUGACACGGGGACAGAAGCGUGUAUAUGUCAUAGCCAAGCAGGAGGGCAUGGCCUCAGCCAUCAAGAGACGCAUCAUCCCACGUAACACCCGGCUGGGAACCCUGGUCAAAGAGCUACUGGUCCAGCCUGGAGCUGGAGGGGCUGUGGGGCAGGACCAACCAGACCAGAACCAACCCCUGCCAGGCACACCUCGCAGGGCAGCCCCAGGCUUCGGGCCUACGCGGUCCACUCCUCUGGCCUCACAGACACCUAGCUGGUCUCUAUGGAGCAGCCCCUACAGAACCCCUGUAGCAGCACCCAGCGUCCUCUCUACACCCAUCCUAGCAGUCCCACUUCACGCCAAUCGUGUCCAGUCCCACUCUACAUCGGUCCUACCCAGGCAGCUGUGGAGAAAUGAGCCUCCAGCAGCUCCUCAGGCAGAUGCUACAGACACCUCUCUAAUGGACGACAUCACUUUCAGUCAGGCAUAUACCUGGUCGCCUAUGAACAGCAGCUCUGAGGACCCCUCUCAGGAGCAGCCUGGGUGGUGUGAGGAGGAGGAGGAGGGGAUCAAGAUGGAGGCUAGCUCUGUAGAGGAUGGACACACGGGGAAGGCUGCUCUGUCUCGGGGUGAGAGCUCCCCUCCCAAGAGGACGCUCAGUCCUGACAGUGGGCAACAGAAUGUAACUCCUUCAAAACAGAUGAAGGUAAGAGAAGGAAGCCUUGGUGUAUAGAUUUUCAAUUGUGCUUUUUGUGGUGGAAGCAGUACAUUUCACACAUGACUAGAGCACGUUUGAAGAAGUGUUUGAGGUAUGGUGUGGAGGGGUUAUUUUAGUAGAAGUGUUUUUAGCGGUUAUUCUAAGAGUUAUUUGGGAAGAGUUGUCACUUUUCUCUGACUCCAUCUUGCUGUUGUUGUUGUGUCAUCUGUGUAGGUGGAGCCAUUCGAAUCACCGCUGGGCUGUUCCAGCCUGCAGCAGCUCUCCCUCCGCACGCCAACUCACAACCCCCGCGGUAAACGGCUCUUCCAAGAUCCACCCUCCGACCGGGACUGA